GAUUAUGUCUAAAGUAUUGGCUAAUAGUUUGAAAAGGAUCAUGAACAAUGUGAUAGAAGAAAACCAUAGUGCGUUUGUACCUGGCAGUACAUUACGAACAAUGUGAUGGUUGCUUUUGAAUAUUUCAAUACCAUGAAAACGAAGAAGGUGAUCAAAAUAGGGAUAUGGCGGCUAAGCUGGAUAUCUCGAAGGCCUAUGAUCGAGUAAGUUGGGGAAUCUGGAAGCCAUGAUGCUACGGAUGUGGUUUGAUGGAAGGUGGGUGAACUUGAUCAUGUUCUGUAUAACUACAGUAUCUUUCUCCAUCCUCGUUAAUGGCCAGCAAUCGGAGGUAUUUGAACCAAAGCGAGGACUUAAACAAGGAGAUCCCAUCUCCUCGUACUUGUUCUUACUUUUUGUGGAAGGGCUUUCAGAUCUAACUAGGAGAGCAAUUGAGGAGGGUAGGCUGCAUGGUUUUCAGGUGUCUAGACGAGGACCUAUAAUUUUUCAUCUGCUGUUUGCUGACGAUAGUAUAUUCUUUACUAGAACUAGCUCAACAUAGUGUGAGCAGUUAAUGGGUAUUCUCAAGAUGUACGAGAAGGAAUCUGGGUAGAAAGUAAACUUACAGAAAUCAGACCUCACUUCAGUCUGAAUGUGCGAGCUGAUCAGAGAGUCAGGUUGGCAGGAAUACCGGGGAUGAAGCAAGUCGAGGAACAUACUAAGUACCUAGGGCUGCCAACUAUCAUAGGCCGGGAAAAGAAGUAAGUUUUUGGGGUAUUGGUAGACAAAGUCAGGAAAAAGAUUAAAUUGUGGAAGGGUCAGAGCUUAUCAAAUGUAGCCAAGGAAAUUCUAAUAAAACGGUAGCUCAAGCUCAAGCAACCUAUACUAUGUCGGUCUUCCUCGUUCCAGAUGUGGUAUUGGAGGAAAAGACAACGGACAACCACUCAUUGGUAACAACCCAAAACCGCUUGCGUUUCGAGAUUCUAGUCGGAAAAUACUGGAAUGCGCAUGAAGAAUAAGCGCCUCAGCUAGGAUAACGUGGGCCGUCGUAUUGAGUGGAUAUGGCAGGCCCAGACGAGCAAGCCCAGAAUAUAAUUUCAGACUUGUGCCACGAAGCGGACCUGAAAUACCCGCCCGAACAAGACCUAGGCCUAGACACAUUACCAUCCAUGAAUUCCAAAUCCUAAGCGUAUUAACCUAGCAGCCACCGCCGUAUAUUCGUGAAGGCAUCGUGUACUAAAGGAUUAAGAUGUCUGUACAAAAAAAAAAAAAAAAAAAAAAAAAACAACGAGACAGGACUUCAGAUCUCUCAUGCUCUGGGAGGGGUUCUCCGUUGUAAGCCACCACCGAACACUUUCUCCUUGUACCCAGACGGCCGGCGUCAUACUCCUUCAAUCCGUCUGCGUAGGCCAUGCCAAUGGAGAACUACAUCUCUGUUUUGGAUCAGUCGCACCGUUUCCGAACACGACUACGAAUCAGUUCAGAAGCAUACCGUCCUCCCAUGACGAUCAACGGACUCGGGGAGGAUCUCCUCGUUGAAAUUCUGAUCCGCGGCCUCCCAAAUCCUAGAUCCGCCUGCCGGGGCAAGCUCGUCUGCAAGCUGUGGAGCUCCCUGAUCUCCAAUCCUCGCUUCAACCGUAAUUUCGUUUCUUACCACCAGAUCACGAACCAGUUGAACCACCCACCCAUGCCGAGCGAUCCAUACGAGCUGCACUUGAUCAUCCGCAACUUUCUUCCUCCCAUGCCUAAGCAAGUGUCAGACACUAUUACAGUUUUGGACUGCAACCAGGACUUGGUUCUAUGCGGAUUUUGGGAUGUAGAUCCCUACCAGGUAAGGGAACGUAGCAGAUCUUACUUCGUCUGCAAUCCGUUUACGAAGCAGUGGAUUGCUCUUCCUGUAGCGCCCGUGUCGAGGAGGUUCAAGACAGAGGCGAAGUUAGUUUGUGAACCUCAUAUCUCUAAUAAGCUUGAUCUAGGAGAUGGCCAAGCGUGUUAAGGAUAUUACUUUAGAUUAAUUAUUUCUGCUCAUUAUCGUGCAUAGUGGCUUGUAUAGUGGAGAGAUAGUUAGCUGAUUUGUAGCUACGUGUGUACCCUUUCUGUUUUAGAGUUGGUAUUAAAUACCACUCUCAUAACCAAUAAUAAAUCAGAUCAUCACAG